AUGCAGCAAGAUGAUGGACCGGAAAAAACUCAACAGCUGCAGAGCUUCCAAUCGGAUGACUUGUUGGAAAAACUGAAAUUACUCAACUACGAAAAACAUUUGCUUAAAGAGUUCAAGCUGAAGCCCCUGUCGCGGUUCUACUUUGUGAAGGCCACCAAUCCGGGGGAGCAGUUCUACAUGUUCACCCUGAUCUGCUGGUGGCUCUGCAAGAAGCUCGGCAAGGACAUGGAGCGACCCCAGGAAUACGAUGAUCCGAAUACGGUCGCUGCUAACAUCAUUCAAAUGCUGGAAGAGAUCGAUGUCCCUGUGGACUUUCCGCCCAAUAAACUGAUUCGUGGCGCAGGACCUAUCUGCCUCAAUGUCCUGGACAUACUCUCUACGCAGGCCUGCAAAGUGGCCAAAGUGGGAUAUCAGCGUGUUCAGAAAAUGCAAGAGGAGGAGUUCCUGGGUGACUAUCUGGAGGACAAUGCCGAAAUCAUACUGGAAAAGCUUGAGGACGAACAGAACGCCGCCGGCCUCAGUGACGACAGCGACCUGGAGCUGGAGGCCCACAAUUUCAGACAACUAAACUGGCUAAAUCGCCCCCAGAAGAAGUCCAUCGGCGAUGUGGCCCUCGACGAGCAGGCCCAAGAUCUUGACGCCCGUCUCAGCGACCAUCAGGAGUGGCGCCUCGAACUCGAGCGCGUGCUGCCGCAUCUGAAGGUCUUCGUAAAGGCGGACGCUCGCGAUUGGCGCACCCACCUCACCCAGAUGGAUGCAUUCAAGACCAGCAUAAACGAGUCCUCGGAGACCACACAGGCGCAGCUGAAGAAGCUGCACAGCGAGUUCACCUUCAGCCUGGAGAAGGUGGAGAGCCGCGAGAAGCAUCUGAACAACGAGCUGCAGCCCCUGAUCCAACAGUUCAAGGAGCUCUCCAUUGAGCUAUCCACCAUCCAGUAUGCGCAAAACCAAGUGCAGGCGGACUCUGAGAAGCAGUUGGCACAGUUGAAUGAGGUGAUGCUGGAGCAGGAGCUCAAGAAGGAGGAAAUGGAACGACGCGGCCAGGUCAUGUCCGAUGGAAGUUCCGUGCAGCAGAUCAAGAAAUCGAUCGUCAAACUAAAGGAGGACAUUGCGCAACUGAAUCUGGAGGUGGCCCUCCUGGUGCAUGCCCACGAUCAGGAAACAGUGGUGCGCCAGACCCAGAGCCAGGCCGGUGACCAGGCAAACAACUGAUAAAAUGAUAAUGCGGCUGCUUAGCGUACUCUAACCAUACAUUCCAUACAGUCCAUACUUUCCUUACACAAAAAACCCCGUCCUGGAGCCUGGCUUAGGUAUUUUUCACACCUUGGGAAUGGGUGUGUGCGGCGCUGCUCUCGUUUACGUUCGAUCUGGCCAGCGAUUAGUGAUCCAUUGUAAGAGAGAGAGAGA